CUCGCAUAUCAACCGGGAAAAGGCGCCCACCAUGCCUGCCCCUACCGCACUUUUGAACAAGCCCCAAAAUGCAGAAGAUACCGCUCUCAAUAGCUCACUUCAGGAGCAAAACGAUGACGAAGUCCUGAUUGACGCCUCCCAGAACGCCCCAGAUUUCACAGUCGAGUCUAUUCAAGAAGAUAACACAGAAGAUGUGAUGCACGUCGAUGAAGAAGGUCGUCCCGUGUUUACCCCCGCCAAGGACACUCCUGGAGUCUAUCGUGUCGAACAGAGAAAAGUACCUAUUCCUCCCCAUCGGAUGACACCAUUGAAAACAUACUGGCCGAAAAUAUACCCUCCUCUCGUUGAACACCUGAAACUCCAAGUACGGAUGAAUGUGAAGAGUCGCACUGUUGAAUUAAGAAAUAGCAGAUUGACCACCGAUCCGUCGGCACUUCAGAGAGGAGCGGACUUCGUUAAAGCUUUUGCAUUAUCUUUCGAUGUAGAUGACGCUAUCGCUCUACUACGUUUAGAUGAUUUAUAUAUCAACUCUUUCGAGAUCAAGGAUGUUAAGACUUUGAGCGGUGACCAUCUGAGUCGAGCAAUUGGCCGAAUAGCUGGUCAUAACGGCAAAACAAAAUUUGCUAUUGAAAAUGCGACAAGAACUCGAGUAGUCUUGGCGGGUCAGAAAGUCCACAUCUUGGGCACUUUCAAAAAUGCCAAGAUGGCCCAAGAGGCUAUAGUCAGUUUGAUUUUGGGUAGUCCUCCGAGCAAGGUGUAUGGCAACCUACGUACUAUUGCAUCUAGAAUGAAAGAGAGGUUCUAG